UUAGCCGUUUCCCAGAGAGUGUCCAGGUGUGUUGUGAGUCUGCGCAGCAACAAUGUGUUCCGUUGAGCCUCUGAGAGAGUUUAUCAGAGAGAGACUAACUGCUGCUGCUGAAGAAAUCUUCACCCAGCUGGAAAAAACCAUCGUCCAGUACGAGGAGGAGAUCGACCGGCAGCGGAGACUGCUGGACCUCACCUGGAGACCCCGAACCGAGCCGAACCCCGCAGGCCUCCAGCAGCAUUGUCUCUGCAGUCAGAAGGACGUUUCCAUCCAGAACCAGGAGAGGAUCUCUGGACCGGAACCUCUGAAUGAGGAACCAGAACCUCUGCAGAUCAAGCAGGAGCCAGAUGAUGAGUGCAGCAGCCCGGAUGAGGUGCAGGUCCUCCUGAAGGAGGAGGCCGAUGCCAGUGAGGAACCGGACCUCGUUGAUUUGAAUCCAACCAGAGCCCAGAACCUCCCUGGAGUCAUUCUGGAGGCUGAAGAACAGGAAGGAGCCAACAGGAACAAAGAGCGGCAUCCAGGCAGGGAGGCUAGAACUCCCAAAACGAAUCAGAACCAGUACUUCUGUAAAACCUGCUCUAAAGGUUUCAGCCAGAAGCGCUAUCUGACCAAACACAUGAGGGUCCAUGCCGCAGAGACGCCCCUCACCUGCCCCACCUGCAGCAAGAGCCUGAAGAACCAGCUGAGCCUGACAGUCCACCUGAGGAGCCACUCAGGUGAGAAACCGUUUCCCUGUGCUGCCUGCGGGAGGCGCUUCGCCCACCAGCUCAGCCUGAGUCUCCACCAGAGGGUCCACUCAGGUGAGAGGCCAUACGGGUGCCAGCUGUGUGGAAGGAGCUUCCUGAGCAGCAGCAACCUGACGUGUCACCUGAGGACGCACACAGGGGAGAAACCCUUCCAGUGUCUCACCUGUGGGAAGUGCUUCAGCCAGAGGGACAACCUCAAGAGACAUGCGAAGAUCCACCGUGGAGAGAAGCCGUUCUGCUGUCCCACCUGUGAGAAGAGCUUCUACCAGAAAGGUCAGCUGACAGCCCACCUGAGGACUCACAGCAGCAACCGGCCGUUCCGCUGCGCCGUCUGUGAGAGGGGCUUCUGCGACAGCCACGAUCUGUCCACUCACAUGAGGACCCAUACGGGUGAGAAGCCCUUUGAAUGUCUGACCUGUGGAAAGCGAUUCAGUCAGAGAGGGAAUCUAACCAUUCACCUGAGGACACACACAGGUGAGAAGCCCUUUGAAUGUCUGACCUGUGGAAAGAGUUUCUGCCAGAGGGGCAACCUGACGGCCCACCUGAGCACCCACAGCAGCGCCAGACCCCACGCUUGUGAUGUCUGUGGCAAGGGCUUCAGCGAACACUACGACCUGUCCACUCACAUGAGGACCCACACAGGUGAGAAACCCUUCCAGUGCCUCACCUGUGAAAAGAGCUUCAACAAUAAGUUCAACCUGAUCGCCCACAUGAGGACGCACACUGGAGAGAGACCCUUUCAGUGUGGGACCUGUGGGAAGAGCUUCUGUCAGAGAGGGAAUCUGAACGUUCACAUGAGGACACACACAGGCGAGAAGCCGUUCCUAUGUCUCUCCUGUGGAAAGCGCUUCCAGAGGAAAGGUAACUUAAUGGCUCACAUGACCACACACAGCUACACACACGUUGUCGUGGCAACCACCUGCGCCCGCAAGCCGAGCAGAGAUUACGUUAAAAACAAAACACCCGGUUCUGGUGACACAACUUCUCCCUUCCAGCACCGAGCAGUGACUGCUACCCAGCCGCAUCGAAGACGAAUCAACCGAACCGAACGGAACCAGCAACUGAACAAAGAGCUCCUUUGUUCUGCUGACCAUCGAGAGUUUUGCGCGGUAAACAAUUUGCAGUUUGGAUCCAAGAUGGAAGAUCUGGUGGAACCGACUCUGCUGCAGAUAAAGGAGGAAGAGGAAGAAAUGGUGCAGAUAAAGGAGGAACUCGACAUUAAGCAGGAAGGAAGCGACGAUGAAGGCUCAGGAUCCAGCAGAGGACAAAACCAGGAUUUGAACUCCAGUUUGGGUCAGAAGACACCAGAUACUGCAGAGACCAACAAUGAAGAGGAUGAAUCUGAACCUCAGCAGUUAAAACAGGCGGACAGUGGGGUCUGCCUCAUGUACGGUUUGACUCCAGCUUACUUAGUUCUUCAAAUGAGUUCUCACCAAGGUCAGAAGGAUUUAGCAUGUCAGAUCUGUGGAAAGACUUUUCUCUACAAAUGUAAACUGAAUUACCACAUGAGAACUCACACGGGCGAAAAGCUGGUCUCUUGUCAGACUUGUGGAAAAACAUUUCUCUGGCAAAGUAAACUGAAAGAACACAUGAGAAGUCACACGGGGGAGAAGCCUUUCUCAUGUCAGACCUGUGGGAAAGCUUUUACUGAGAAAAGCAAAUUGAGGCAGCACAUGAGAAGUCACACUGGUGAGGUUUUCUCAUGUGAGACCUGUGGAAAAACCUUCAUGUGGCAUAGUCAGCUGCUAGGCCACGUCAGAACCCACACAGGAGAAAAGCCUUUCUCAUGCGAGUUCUGUGGAAGAGCUUUCACUGUGGAAAGUAAAUGGAAAUACCACAUGAAAGCUCACACAGGUGAGCCUUUCUCUUGUGUGACUUGUGGAAAAACUUUCACCUUGCAAUGUGCUUUGAGGGACCACAUGAAAACUCACACAGGUGAAAAGCCUUUUUCAUGUGAGACGUGUGGGAAAGCUUAUAUCAGGCAGAGCACUUUGAGGGACCACAUGAGAACUCACACUGGGGAGAAGCCUUUCUUGUGUCAGACUUGUGGAAAAGCUUUUAAUCGGCAAAGUAGCUUGAGUCUCCAUAUAAACGUGCACACAGGUGAGAAGCCUUUCUCAUGUCAGACCUGUGAAAGAAAAUUCACUUUGAAAAGCCAAUUGAUUCUUCACAUGAGAAUUCACUCUGGUGAGAAACCUUAUUCAUGCCAAAUAUGUGAAAAAAAAUUUAGCGUUAAAGCUCGGCUGACAGUUCACAUGAGAAUUCAUACGGGUGAGAAACCUUUCUCAUGCCAGAUGUGUGGAAAAACUUUUACCCACCAGAAUUCUUUGAAUUUUCACAUGACUUCUCACACAGGUGAAAAGCCUUACUCAUGUCAGACGUGUGGGAAGGUUUUCAACAUGCAAAAUAGUUUGACUCGUCACAUGAGAAUUCACACGGGCGAAAAGCAUAUUUCAUGUCAAACCUGUGGAAAAGCCUUCAACCAACAAAGUCAUCUGACGUAUCAUAUGAGGUCUCACACCGGUGAGAAACCAUUCUCAUGUCAAACCUGUCCAAAAAAGUUCAGCAGAAAAGAUCUGUUGAAUGUUCACAUGAGAACUCACACAGGCAAGAAACGUCUUCUGGUGUGUGUCGCUGUGUCCAGGAGGUUCUGGUUCUGUUCAGCAACAAUGUGUUCCGUUGAGCCUCUGAGAGAGUUUAUCAGAGAGAGACUAACUGCUGCUGCUGAAGAAAUCUUCACCCAGCUGGAAAAAACCAUCGUCCAGUACGAGGAGGAGAUCGACCGGCAGCGGAGACUGCUGGACCUCACCUGGAGACCCCGAACCGAGCCGAACCCCGCAGAGCUCCAGCAUCAUUUCUUCAGCGAGGAGCUUCCCGCCGAUCGGGACAGCAGUUCCAGUCCGGACCGGGACGCACCAGAACCGGCGCCUGACGACGUCUGCUCCAGGCAGGACGGAGCGCUGGUGCUGAAGCAGGAGACCGAGGCCAUCAUGGUGACCGUGGACUACAAUGACGAACCUGAACCAAGCAGCUACCAGCUUCUCUACCAGAACCGCCCAGUGACCCAGAACCAGGAGGCACUGAAGCCAAAGAAAACCAGAACUCCCAGCGACCGACUGGACCUGCUGCCACAGAACGCAGAUGGAAAUCUGUAUCCCUGUCCCAUUUGUGGGAAAUGUUUUGCCAAGAACAGCUACUUGACCAAACACAAGAGGAUCCACACCAGCGAGAAACCGUUUGUCUGCGAUCAGUGCGGGAAGGCCUUCAGUAACACCAGCUACCUAGCCAAUCACAAGAAGACUCACAGUGGAAUGAAACCGUUCGCCUGUCUUAUUUGUGGGAAAGUUUUCACCCAGCAGAUCCAUGUCACCGACCACAUGAGGAUUCACACUGGAGAGAAGCCCUUCCCCUGUGCCACCUGUGGGAAACACUUCAGGCAGAAGAGCAGCUUGAACAAACACCUGAGAACUCAGCACCAGAAGCUGGAGGCAUGAUCGGGUUCUGAGCUGGUUCUGAGCUGCUGGCUGGUCCUGGAGGCAUCAGACUGAAGUGGAGCAUCAACAACUUUCCUGCUUUUAAACUCUACUUCCUGUUCUUCAGCAUCUCUGAGGAAACGUGUAUGUUCCUCCACCCUCCUAGCUGAGCAGAAGACCAGAAAAACCACUAAGAAAUCUAGAUGUUAAUCUCUGUGUAAAGUUGGAGAUUCUAACAUUUACUACAAAGACUGAGUUUUCAAAAUAAUAGUGGGAAUUCUGAGGGAAAAAAAGGGCGUUCUGGAAAAAAAUGUUGGAUUCUGAGUUUUUUGAAAGAAGGAUGAAUUCUAAAAAAAAAGGCAAAAAUGAAUUCUCAUUUUAAAAAGUGAAAAAAGCAGAAAUUUACCAAAAAGGUAGAAAUUCUUUUAAAAAAUUGCUGAAAAAAAGUUAGAAUUCUGAGGAAAAAGGUCAAAAGGCUUAAAAACCCUGCAAAAUUUUAACAGAAAAGCUAAAGUUUGUUUAAAAGAAAAAGAAACUCUGAACUGGUUGUGUUUUUUCAGGACGAAUGUUGUGAAAUGAUUCCAGGGUUAUGGAGCCUCUGAUGAACAGGAAUCAUUUAAAACCUGCUGCAGGUGGAUCUUUGGUGACUCUGUGGCUCGUUGUAGCGGCGGUCACUCAAUCCUGGGUUAUAAUAUAUUUGUAUAUUUUUCAGUCUAACAGCAGCUUCAUGGCAGCGUGAGUUUUGUUUGGAUCACAGUUGAUGUGCCGAGUUAUGCGUUUCGUCUGGCAAUGUUUUGUUUUCUCAGACUGUAAAACUGAAUGUGCUGCAGUAGCAGAAAUAUUUAUGCAUACUUGGUAUUAAAGGUCUGAUCUUGAGUUGAA